AUGGCUUCACGAGACGCUGCUUCCGACCAACUUGUAAACUUCAAGAAAUCCGUCAAGGAUUCUCCUGGCUAUAUGACUACAAAGUAUGGUACACCAAUUGGAGUCAAGACUGCCAUUCAAACUGUUGGUAAAAAUGGACCUGCCUUACUUCAAGAUGCACAGUUCCUAGAUGAAAUAUCAUCUUUUGAUAGAGAACGCAUUCCUGAAAGAGUUGUUCAUGCCAAGGGAGCUGGAGCUUUCGGUUAUUUUGAAGUUACCCAUGAUAUUUCAAAAUAUUCUGCUGCCAAGGUUUUCGAGAACAUUGGCAAGAAAACACCUAUUGCAGUCAGGUUCUCUACUGUAGGUGGUGAGAGUGGAUCAGCUGACACUGUCAGAGAUCCCCGUGGAUUUGCUGUCAAAUUCUACACUGAUGAUGGUAUCUGGGACCUUGUUGGUAACAACACUCCAAUUUUCUUCAUUAGGGAUCCAACUCUGUUCCCUAGCUUUAUUCACACACAGAAGAGAAAUCCUGCUACCCACUUAAAAGAUGCCGAUAUGUUCUGGGACUUCAUGACUUUAAGACCUGAAACCAUGCACCAAUUGGUGUACUUGUUUGGGGACAGAGGUAUUCCUGAUGGUUAUAGAUUCAUGAAUGGUUAUGGAUCUCAUACCUUUAAACUUGUAAACGCUCAAGGAGUUGCUCACUGGGUUAAAUUCCACUACAAAUCUAACCAAGGAAUCAAGAACUUGCCUGUGGAUAAAGCGGCCGAAUUAGCUUCCUCUGAUCCUGACUAUUCUAUUAGAGAUUUAUACAAUGCAAUUGGUAAAGGAGAAUUCCCAACAUGGACUCUAUACAUUCAAGUCAUGACAAUGGCACAAGGAGAAAACUGCAAAUUUAAUCCAUUCGACCUUACUAAAGUCUGGCCCCAUUCAGAGUACCCACUGAUCCCUGUAGGAAAACUGGUGCUUGAUAGAAACCCUAAAAACUAUUUUGCUGAAGUUGAACAAAUUGCCUUCAGCCCAUCCAACCUGGUACCAGGAAUUGAACCAUCUCCUGAUAAAAUGUUGCAGGGACGCUUGUUUGCCUACAGUGACACUCACCGUCACCGUCUUGGAGCCAAUUUCCUCCAGAUUCCUGUUAACUGCCCAUACAGAGUAACUGUUGCCAACUAUCAGCGAGAUGGACCUCAAAACAUGUGCAACCAGGAUGGUGCUCCUAACUACUUCCCAAAUUCAUUCUCUGGACCCCAAGAAUGCCCACGUUCUCAACGUCUCCAACCAAGAUACAAUCUCAGCGGUGAUGUCGACCGUUAUGACAGUGGUCAGACUGAAGACAACUUCUCCCAGGCUACCGCUUUAUACAAACAAGUCUUUAGUGAUGAUGAAAAAGCUCGUUGUGUUGCCAAUAUUGUUGGUAAUUUGAAGGAUGCUGCAGGAUUUAUUCAGGAACGUGCCAUCAAAUUGUUUGUUCAGAUAAGCCCUGAUUUGGGUAAUAAAGUGGCUGCUGGUCUUGCUCCUUACAAAAAAUACCAUGCCAACUUGUAA